AUGACGGCCUCGACGCUUCUCCGCCUGCCGACGCCGGGCGAGGUCCCAGAGGGCGGCGAGGCGGCCUCCUCAUCCUCACACAGCCACGACGCGGAGACCGACGACCAACGCGCCUAUCGCCUCUCGCGCGCCUUCGGCUUCCCCUACCCGCAAGCCUACACAAUCCAGCUUGAGCUGAUGGCCCAGAUCUUCCGCACCAUCGAGGACGGCAAGGUCGGCGUCUUCGAGAGCCCCACGGGCACCGGCAAGUCGCUCAGCCUCAUCUGCAGCGCCUUUACCUGGCUGCGGCAGAACCAGGAGCGAGCGGCGCGCGGGCAGGUCGAGAGCAUAGCCCAGGACGCUGGCGACGAGCCGGAGUGGGUGGUCCAGCACCGACAGGACAAGGUUCGGAGGGAGCUGAUGGCGCAGCAGGACGAGCUCAAGGCCAGGAUCCGGGCGGCGAGGGCCAAGCAGGCGGAGUGGAAGAGAAGCGGCAAGAAGGCGGCCGAAAGCGGAGCUGCCGACGACUCACAGCAUCAGAGGAAGAGGCUCAAGAGGGACCAGGGCGCCGAUGCCGACGACUCGGACGACGACUUCCUCGCCAGCGACACCGAGGCCGACCCAGCAGACGGCGCUGGCGGGUCGAGCAGGAGGCGGGCGUUUGGCUUCCUCGGCGCAAGGGCGAGCAAAAGGGCACAAGAGGACCAAUACGACAACCUCUCGCCGCAAGUGCGCGCGCUGAUGGCGCAGCUUGACGCCACCAAGAACCGGCAAGGCGCUGGCGGUGGCCCCGACGACGACGACGAGGAGCCCGAGACGCUGCCCCGCAUCAUCUACGCGAGCCGGACGCACAGCCAGCUGUCCCAGUUUGUGGCGGAGCUGCGCAAGACGGACUUUGGCAAGCGGAUCAAGGUCACCAGCCACUGGGACGAGGAUCGAGAAGGCGGGGGUACAGGCAAGACAGCCACGCUGGCGACGAAGACAAAGGUAGGGACGGCCAGCGACGACGAUCAGGAUAUCAUCGAGCCGAUACGCACCAUCAGCCUGGGCAGCCGCAAGCAGAUGUGCAUCAACGCCGACGUGCAGAAGCUCGGACAGCGCGCAGGGGCCGAGGCCAUGAACGAACGCUGCCUCGAGCUCCUCAAGAGCAGCACCAGCAGCGGCGGCGGCGGCGAUGGCGACGGCCGAAGCAAGAAGCGGUGCAGCUUCGCCCCGCCCCCGGACGAAGUGGGCCGUGCCCAAGUGCUCGAGUUUCGCGACCAUGCCAUGGCCGAGGUGACCGACAUCGAGGACCUGGUGCAGCUCGGGAGGGACAUGAAGACCUGCCCCUACUUUGCCGCCCGGAGCAGCGCGAGACAGGCCGAGCUCAUCACGCUGCCGUACAACCUCUUGCUGCAGAAGGACGCCCGGCAGUCGUUGGGCAUCAGCUUCGAAGGCUGCGUCGUGCUCAUUGACGAGGCGCACAACCUGAUCGACAACAUCCUCUCGACCCACACCGUCUCGAUCUCGUCGGAGCAGGUCGGCCAGGCGGCGCGCCAGAUCCAGACGUACCUCGACCGAUUUGCGCUCAGGCUCAAGGGAUCCAACGAGGCACACCUCCGCCAGAUGAUGGGCGUCCUCAACGGCCUGCAGGGCUUCUGCACAAAGUGGCUGGACCGCCGCGCUGGGCAAGGCAAGUCGCCAGCGCAGUCGAGCUCGGUCGGCCAGCAGGAGAUCAUGACGGCGUCGCAGCUCGUCGCCGAGAUCGGCGGCACGCUGGACCGAAUCAACCUGGUGGAGCUCGAGCGCUGGCUCAAGGACACGCAGAUCGCCCGCAAGGUGAGCGGCUAUGCCGACAAGCAGGUGCAGAAGCAGAGGCGCGACGAGAUCGCCGCCAGCAUCGAGGAGAGCAAAAGGCAACGGCGGACAGCCAAGGGUGCUAAGGCCGUGCCAACCCCACCGCUGACGACGACGACGAGGAGCAGCGACGGCGAAGGUCCCAGCCCGAUUGCGGCGAUGCACGCCAUCGAGUCGUUCAUUCUCUCGCUCGCCAACCGCACCGAGGAUGGACGAGUGCUGCUGGGCCUGCAGCCGCCUCGGUCGAGAAGUGCUCUCGAACCGAGUAGCGGCGGCGUGGUGGCGACAGCGCCGUCGAUGACGCUCAAAUACCAGCUGCUGAACCCUUCGCACGUCUUCAAGACGCUGGUCGAGGAGGCCCGCUCCGUAGUCCUGGCCGGCGGCACCAUGGAGCCGAUCUCGGACUUUCGGCAGCAGCUGGUGCCGAGCCUUGCCGCCGAGCGCUUCACCAGCCACUCGUGCGGCCACAUUAUCCCUUCUUCCAACCUCUCGGUCACGGUCGUCUCGAGCGGACCCCGCGGCGUGCCGUUCGAGUUCAAGUUUGACAACCGCAAGGACCCGGCUCUGCUCGACGAGCUUGGAGCGACGCUCGUCAACCUGUGCAACAUCGUCCCCGACGGCCUGGUCGUCUUCCUGCCGUCUUACGCCUUUCUCGACACGGUCAUGGAGCGGUGGAAGACCGAGACUCCAGCGUCGUCGUCUUCCGUGAUCGCCUCCGAAAUAGCUUCUGCGACGACGCCAUCGACGACGACGACGACGACGACGACGGCAACAACAACGUCAGUGUGGAAACGGAUCGAGGCCAAGAAGCGCAUCUUUGUCGAGCCCAAGACGACGCGCGAGGUGGACGCGGUGCUGCGCGACUACACGCUCGAGAUUGACGCGCCGAGGCAGGGCAGGAUCGGCGGCGCGGUGUUGUUCGCCGUCGUCGGGGCCAAGCUGUCCGAGGGCAUCAACUUUUCCGACCAGCUCGCCCGCGCCGUCGCCAUGGUCGGGAUGCCCUUCCCAAACGCCCACAGCCCCGAGCUGGCGGAGCGGGUGCGAUACGUGCGCGAGCUUGCAAAGAAGGACGGCGGAGGCUCGAGCCGUGGCGACGCUGGCAACGAGCUGUAUACGAACCUGUGCAUGAAGGCGGUCAACCAGUCGAUCGGACGAGCGAUCCGGCACAAGGACGACUACGCGUCGCUGCUGCUGCUGGACCGGCGCUACGGGCGGCGCGACAUCCUGGAGCGGCUGCCAAAGUGGAUCGGCAAGGAAGCGGUUGUGGCCGAGCGCUUUGGCAGCGUGGCGCAGCGCAACGGCGCCUUUUUCCGGUCCAAGGCGGCGGCGGCCAAGUCCAAGGCUUGA